UACCAAAACUUGGUGUUGUCUCGCUCACACUUUUAAUUUUUUGCAAUUUUCUCGAGUUCUUCUGAUUUUUUCGUACAGAAAAUUGAAUUUUCUGGGCUUAAAUGGUGAUUCUGCGUCGAUUUUUUUUGCCAAAAAUUUAAUUUCUGCGAAAAAUACAAAAAUAUCUGCGAACUUUGCAUGUUGCUAGAAACCUUUCAAAGUUUUGUUUAGCUUCUCUCGCGGUUUAGGUCUCCCUUUCUCUUUCACAUAACCUCACAAAAACAAUCCACGUCGGGAAUUUCGUAAAUUUGAGAAAAAUUGCUAAUUUUUCUAUGAAAUUCCUCUCAAAACUUUUAAUUUGUGUAGUGAAAAGUAGUAUAAAACCUUCGGCAGUCCAAUUAACUCAUUUACGGCAUAUUUCUGCUGUAAAGAGUGAGAAAAAUACUUCGAAUUGGGGCACCAAGAAAUCCAAUAGGAAAGUUAAGCUCUACGAAAAUUUCCUGGCCCAAAUGGCUGAUCCGGCAAUUGAGAAAAUCCUGGCUCCUCUGCGGCAGGCUGUGAAGGAGCAGGGAGAUCUUGUUAGAAAACUGAAAGCCGAUGGGGCUCCGGAGUUGGACGUUAAGGCUGCAGUGGCGGAAUUGAAGGCAAGGAAAAAGGUCCUAGAGGACAAAGAGCUGGAACUUAAUCCACAGGCGGCAUCAUUUGAUCGUGGAAAGAUGGAGGAUCUGCUGAAGAGGAGAUUCUUCUUCGAUCAGAGUUUUGCCAUCUACGGCGGUAUUUCCGGACAGUAUGACUUUGGCCCCAUGGGCUGUGCCCUCAAGGCAAACAUGCUCGCCGCAUGGAGACAAUUUUUCAUCAUGGAAGAGCAAAUGCUCGAGGUGGAUUGCUCAAUUCUCACCCCUGAGUGUGUUCUCCAGGCUUCCGGGCAUGUUGAACGAUUUGCGGAUUUGAUGACGAAGGACGUGAAGAGUGGCGAAUGCUUCCGUCUUGAUCAUCUCAUCAAGAACUUCCUGGAAAAGCUGGCAGCGGAGAAGAACGCAACGCCAGAGUUGAAAGCUGAAUGCCAGGAUAUCUGUGUGAAGCUCGAUGGAAUGUCCAAGGAUGAGAUGGCGAACAUCCUCAAGAAGUUCAACAUGAAAUCCCCAACAACUGGAAAUGAUCUUACCGAACCCAUUGAGUUCAAUCUCAUGUUUGGCACGCAAAUCGGGCCAACGGGUCUAAUUAAGGGCUUCCUGCGCCCCGAGACGGCUCAGGGAAUCUUUGUCAACUUCAAGAGGCUACUGGAAUUCAAUCAGGGACGUCUCCCAUUUGCUGCGGCACAAAUUGGCAAUGCUUUCCGCAAUGAAAUCUCACCACGAUCUGGCCUAAUUCGCGUCCGGGAGUUUACAAUGGCGGAGAUUGAGCACUUCUGUGAUCCACGUGAGAAGAAUCAUCCGAAGUUUGUGAAUGUCAAAGACACCAAGAUGAUGCUUUACUCCGCCUGCAAUCAAAUGGAUGGUCAGAGUGGUCAGAUUGUGGCGAUUGGAGAUGCUGUGGCUUCUGGUCUCGUAGCGAAUGAGACCCUUGGCUACUUUAUGGCGCGCAUUCAGCAGUUCCUGCUGAAGGUGGGCAUCCGUCCUGACCGGCUGCGCUUCCGGCAGCAUAUGAGCAAUGAGAUGGCUCACUAUGCGUGCGAUUGCUGGGACGCUGAAUGCCUCACGAGCUACGGAUGGAUUGAAUGUGUUGGCUGUGCCGAUAGAUCUGCCUUUGAUCUCACGCAGCACACAAAUGCCACAAAGGUGCGUCUUGCUGCUGAAAAACGCCUUCCGGAACCUAAAAGUGUCGACGUCACUGAGGCUAUCCCAAAUCGUCCAGCAAUUGGGAAGGAAUUCAAGAAGGAUGCAAAAUCCAUUAUUGAUGCUCUGGCUGCGUUAACCCUUUCGGAUCUUCAAACACUCGAGAAUUCUCUCAAUGAAACUGGGGAUUUCGAGUUGACGCACGCUGGUGGCACGGCUAAACUCACCAAGGACAUGGUGAGUGUGAAGACUGCCACGAAAACCGUUCAUGUCGAGGAGAUUAUUCCCAGUGUGAUUGAACCGUCAUUCGGAAUUGGACGAAUUAUGUAUUCCCUGCUUGAGCAGACAUUCCGGAUGCGUGAGGGUGAUGAGCAGCGUUGCUAUUUCUCCCUUCCGGCUGUCGUAGCGCCCCUCAAGUGCUCAAUUUUGCCGCUGAGCAACAAUCCAGAUUUUGUUCCUUUCGUAAAGCGCAUUUCUUCUGAACUUACCGGAGCGGAUGUUUCGCACAAAGUUGAUGACUCCAGUGGAUCAAUUGGUAGACGUUAUGCUAGGACGGAUGAAAUUGCCAUUCCGUACGGCAUUACCAUUGAUUUUGAUACCCUAAAGGAGCCCCACAGUGUAACACUGCGUGAGAGGGAUUUAAUGGGUCAAGUGCGGAUUCCGGUGGAUGAAAUUGCAGAUGUUGUACGUCGCCUGGCCGUUGGGAAAUCCACCUGGACCGAGAUUGAGGCAAAGUAUCCCAAGUUUGAGCAACAGGAGGCAUCUUCAAAGUAAAUUAAAUGCAAAAAUGAUAAGAAAAAUGUGCUUUUAUCAAUAAAAUUUUCAUUCGAGCAUGCAAAAA